UCCUCCAUACGUUUGGGUUAGCACCCCAACACGUUAUGCCAAAAACUAACAUUUGUCAGGACCGAAAAUCAAGAAAUUACGUCCAUUGUCAGUGCCGAAGGUCUUUGUAUGGACCAACUUACCCUUCCCUUUUCACCAUUAUAUAAUGCACUUUACAUGGGUAUUAGUGUCUUUCUCUUCUUGUUUGAGUUCAACGCUUAUGGCGACUCUGAAACACCAGAAUAAGGGGAGAAUUAAAAAAGAAAUAAACCUCAGUUUCAGAACAAAACUAUAUAUUAUACACAACAAGAUUCUAUCCAGAUCCAGAUAACCAUAACCGUAUCUACAGUGGAUAAUAUACUAUGUAUAUUUGAAUAUUGAUUUCCUUUGAUUGGGUUUCUCCUAUCCACACAACAGUUCAGUCAGAUUACUUCUAAGACAAGGUAAGCUUGAUCACACGUUUAUGGGUAAUAAUUCUGAAGAUGAUGAUUCAUUCACUAGGCCUCUUCAAAGAAGUUCUGUCUUUUACUAUGGUGUGGGGCACAUGCUCAAUGACAUCACUGCUUCCUGUUGGUUUACUUAUCUCUUAAUCUUUUUGACAGACAUUGGACUCUCUCCACGUGAUGCAGCUAUUGUUAUGCUUUCUGGUCAGAUUGCUGAUGGAUUUGCAACCAUAUUUACUGGUGAACUGAUAGACAGAUUUGGACAUUUCAAAAUAUGGCAUGGUGCAGGAUCUGUCUUGGUUGCUAUAUCUUUUUCUUCAGUGUUUGGUGGUUGCUUACCUUGCAAAAUUUUUUCUAACACUUCAUCAGCAUUGGAAACUGUUAGUUAUAGCACAUUUGCAGCUAUUUUUAAUGUUGGUUGGGCUGCUACCCAAGUUUCGCACAUGUCUAUGGUGAAUUGCAUCACACUGAAUUCAACAAGCAGAGUGGUGUUGGCUAGUUGUCGCAAUGCUUUUACAAUGGUUGCCAACCUCAGCUUGUAUGCAGUUGCUUUUGUAGUCUUUAAUGUCACAAUAGCGAAAACGCAUGCUAAUAUCGAAAAUCAGUAUCGCUGGAUCGCAUAUGUGUCCAUUUUUAUUGGGUGCUGCUUCGUGGUUGUAUUUCAACUCGGAACUAAAGAGCCAAGAUUAAAGAUAGGUGUACAAGGAAGCAGGCAUGAAAGAAUAGCAUGGUCUUACUGGUUCAAGAGAGUUUUAUAUUAUCAAGUUGCUGUUGUUUAUGUGCUGACCAGACUGGUAGUCAAUGUUUCACAGGCAUAUCUUGCAUUUUUUGUGAUUAAUGAUCUGCGGAUGGCCCAAUCGGCUAAAGCAUUGGUUCCGGCAAUCAUCUACAUUAGUAGCUUCAUUGUAUCUGUCAGUCUACAGGAAGUUCUAUGGACCGGUCAACGUCUGAAGGCCUACUUCUCUGCUGGAGGGAUUAUUUGGGUAUUUUGUGGUGCAGUGGUUCUUAUUUUGCCUAGUAGCUUGAAUGGUUUCGUAUACAUUCUAUCAAUAUUUAUGGGCAUCGCGAAUGCUUUGAUGAUGGUAACCGGUGUAAGCAUGCAAAGUGUUCUUAUUGAUACAGAUCUCAAUGGCUGUGCAUUUGUUUGUGGCUCGUUGAGCUUCUUGGACAAAAUGUCAUGUGGAAUUGCUUUAUUUGUUCUUCAGUCAAAUCAAAACAUCGAAAGAGAUAUCUCUUCACCCAUGCAGGCAACCAAUUUGAGUCCCAUGUAUAUUUCAGUUACAAGAUUAGGCUUGGGUCUUGUUCCGGCCAUUUGCGCACUUGUGGCUGUAGCAGUAACAUAUACCAUGAAACUUCAACACCGUAUAUCAAAACCCUUAGUGGAACCAUUAUUAGGAUGAAGAACCAGCUUGAUUCAUGAAACUGCAAUUCGAUCGAUGUUUCAAAGAAAGAUCGUUUCUUCGGAAAUAGGCAAACCAACAGCUUUGUUCAUGGGCACAUCAAAUACGUCCGACUGUGAUCAGGUUUUACAAAUUCUCAAAACUUACUCCUGAUUCUUUAUUGUUACUUAACAAUUACAGGACCUUCUCUCUUACUCAAUUUGUACAGAAAAUGUUUUACGUAUAUAUUAUCCAUAGAAAGAAUUGAUUAGAACUCUGUACUCUGUAAUGGCAUCAAUUUAAUUUUUUUUUCUUA